AUGGCCGCGGAUUUAUAUGAUUGUUCUGUAAUGGAACAUAGUUCGUCCUCAUGUUCACCCUUUCCGCCGCGUCUCUCUCCGUCUAAGGAGCCAGAGUUCUGGAACAGAAUGGAGGAAGCCACCCGUGAGAUUAUAGAGCAUGUUCAUCCAACACUUGUGUCCGAGGAACGGAGAAGAGAUGUGAUUGAUUAUAUGCAAAGAUUUAUCAAAACGAGAGUUGGAUGCGAGGUGCAUUCUUUUGGAUCAGUCCCAUUGAAAACGUAUCUUCCUGAUGGAGAUAUUGAUCUCACAGCUUUUGGUGGACCCUGGAGCGAUGAAGAACUGGCCCAAAAAGUUUUCACUGUGCUUAAGAAUGAGAUACAAAAUGUGGAUGCCGAGUUUAUAAUUAAGGAUGUCAAGUUGAUACGUGCUGAGGUUAAGCUUGUGACAUGUUUGGUGCAGAACCUUGUGGUUGAUAUCUCUUUUAAUCAGCUCGGUGGGAUUUGUACUCUGUCCUUUCUCGAGAAGAUUGAUCAGCUCAUUGGAAAGGACCAUCUCUUCAAGAGAAGUAUCAUACUCAUCAAAGCUUGGUGCUACUACGAGAGCCAUAUUCUCGGGGCCGUUCAUGGAUUGAUUUCCACAUAUGCUCUGGAGACGUUGGUCUUAUAUAUUUUCCAUCUCUUCCACUCAUCGUUGGAUGGUCCACUAUCUGUUUUAUACAAAUUCUUGGACUACUUCAGCAAGUUUGAUUGGGAUAAGUAUUGCAUUAGCCUGAAUGGACCUGUCUGCCUUUCCUCUCUACCAGAAUUUGUUGUUGAGACUCCGGAAAAUGGCGGGCAAGAUCUAUUGCUGACCAGUGAGUUCCUUAAUGGAUGUAUGGAGAUGUACACUGUACCUCCACGAGGUUUUGAGACAAACCAACGUGUGUUUACAUCAAAGUAUCUUAAUGUAGUUGACCCGCUUAAAGAAAAUAACAAUCUUGGUCGCAGCGUGAACAAAGCUAACUUCUAUCGCGUACGAACUGCAUUCACAUAUGGUGCUCGGAAGCUUGGGCAAAUCAUUUUGCAGUCAGAAGAAGACAUAAGUUCUGAGCUUCGCAAGUUCUUCUCGAACAUGCUACACAGGCAUGGGAAGGGCCAGAGGCCCGAUGUCCUUGAUGCUGUAAGGUACAUAUCACCUGCGUCAGCUGCCAACCAUUUCCAAAUGGUUUACGAUGGUAGGCAUGAGCAGGAACACUUGCUGUGUGCCGGAGCCAAUGUAUCGAGGACGGCCACAUCAGUUUCAGAGGAACAAGUUGGAGGAGACGCAAAAGAGUUUGCUACUGUGAGGAUACAAAGGCAUGAGAUUUCUGACCAUGUACGUGAUAAGGAAAGGGUCUCUCCUUUGAAUGGUAAGCAUCCAAAUUUUCUGUCUGACCUCACAGGGGAUAACGACAGUCAGCUCAACAGUUUGCGAUAUGGACGCUGGUGGCUUGAUUAUGUCCAAAACGGUCAUAUGUCUCCACAGUGGACUCAGUUUCCGAAUAACAAUCCAUGGGAAGUGUUUCCACACCCACUGCCAUUCACCUGGAAUGCCCCUGGUCUAGUAAACGCCGAUGGCUUUCAUAUGAACCCUCACGUGAUUCCAGAUGCUAAUUUUGGUCUCGAGGAAUUGCCUAAGCUUCAAGGAAUAGGGACAUACUUCCCCAAUGUGAACCAUUACAGGGAUGAACCGUUCUUUUCAAGAAGAAACUCACGUCGUAACAACGGCCGUAGCAUGGCACACUUGCCAUCAGAAAUGAAUUUGGUUGACGGGAACACCCGUGAGCGACACCAUCAUCUUCAUCAUAGGACCAACCAAACAAAUGGUCCUUGUGAUAUGAGUCAAUCUGGUAUACUUGGAAGCUUCUCUGGUACCACCAAUGAGCCUAUAAAUCAUCCAAAUGAGCCUCUACCAGCUGAAGUACUCUACCAUCCUGAGGGCAGCCAGCAAAGUGAUAUCACAACAUCUAUACCCUCCUCGUCCAUGCAGGAAGCUAGGGUAACAGCUAGGAAGUCAUACCAUUUGACGGAUGAUCAGGAUUUCCCUCCUUUGUAG